GGCAUCCAAUGAUAUAUAAAACUGGCUUUUAGUAAUCCAUUGUUCAGUAUGUUGCCUAUCACAGCGACCAACAUGUUUUUUGCAAAAUUCAAUACAAUUUCUUUGAUCUACUUCUGUUUUAUAUUCUACGAUGCUGUUAAAGAUGCUGAGGCACGACGACAAGCAAGAAUGAUUAAUGCGGAAAACGCCCUAAUUGAAGAAUUUCCAUCAAAUGUCUUCCUCCGUUCCGUGUACAACAGAAAUGGAUCCCUGAACUCGAACUUCUGUAGCGGAUCGCUCAUUACCCCAACUCAUGUACUGACUGCUGCACACUGUACCGUCUGCUACAAAAAAGGUAUGGCAUCCCCUUACUACGCGCGCCCGCACCAGAUCUUUGUCAGAGCAGGGGUUGCUAGUCUUGGUCAGCGGGGCAACGACUACACUGUUAAACGAAUAUAUAGAGGCGACGGCUGGAACGUUCAGCAUGAAUUAAAUCCAUGGUCACUUUUCGAUAUAGCCAUUCUCGAGUUAAACGAAGUUGUAGAGCUAGGCCCUACACAACAAAUUAUUAAGUUACCAUUCUUUUCCCCCGAGUUCGAUGAAGAAGGUGUUCUGCUUGCAGCCGGACCGACAUCUUCAGAUCCCAAUACAUACGGAACGAUGAAAAAAGCCACGUUUAAGGUCGUACCGUGCGCAAGAUGGGUCCAAGAGGGUCUAAUUUGUGUCCGGAAUGAAACCGUCAAUUCGACUGAGGAGCGCAUCUUCUUAGCUGGGUAUCCACACUGUGCACAUUGUGACUUUUGAAUGUGAUAAGACGAUCUGCCACAACGCCUGCAAAGAGUGCAAAGCAUGUGUGUCUUGUUGCAGCGCUAAGGUAUGACUAAAUCAUACCUUCAUACCUUAUGCGGUGCUUAAGAAUCUGUAAGUGAAGACUGAUUCUGGACCAGCAUGUUCUGGGGGUGAUUCAAACCCGAAAAGUCCUUUUCCACUUUUCGAUCGGACGCACCCUUGCUGAGAGAUGGGGGUGAAAAGGACGGUCAAGAGCCUCUUACAAAGAUAAUUAACAAUAAACAAUGGUUUCCGACAAAUAUCGGACAAAUUUUUCAGACAUUUAUUGUAGAACAUUUGAUUCUUUUCAAAAAAUGUCUAGUGACAAAAGGUCGUAAAUCUAGUUGUGCACUUAAUAAUCAAGGGAAUGCAUUUAUUGCUCCCGAUUUCCCGACAAUCGCGAGCCAUCCCCUGUGAAUUUCGGAAUUCAUUGUUUAUUGUUAGUUAUCUUUGUAAGAGGCCAUUUUACAAUAUUUUGUUAACAGACCUUGUUUGAAACGUAAACAGAAAAUCGCCAGGUUUAGCAUCAGAACAAUCGAGAAAAUUCUGGCGACCUUGAGGGCAUUGAGAUUCGGGGCCAGUUCACGCAGAACAACCUCAAAGCAUUCAGUUCGUUACGGAAACUCAAUCAGAGCAGUUGUUAUCUAUCAAUUGUAUCUAACGUCCCUAUCGAGAAUCUAGAGUCGGGCGUUUAGACAUGUUAUAAGGAACGUUUAAGUUCAUCGGCUUUUUUUGAGUACAUCAUCUAUUAAAACCUUAUUUUGUAAAUUCAUCGGACUGUUAGUAAUUCAACGGAUUAUUAUUGAGAUACGCAACGUUAUAAAUUUCCACGAGGAAUAAUUUGUAUAAUCAGGACACAAGGCUCACGCCUAAUAAAAGUACAUCAGCAAUAGGUUUAGUGGACCAUUUGUGAUAAAACAUUAUUUUCUACCACCAAUUGUCCCAAUUCCCCUAAAUCCCGGCAAAAAACAUAGUCACUCCUUCAACAAACCUUUCUUGUUGUAAAUUCAAUUUACAAUAAAAAAGAUUUCUUGACAAAAUACUGUAGGCCUGUUGCAUCAUGAGAUAAUUAACAUUUAACCAAUUAUCUCCGGAAUGCCAAGGGGGAUGCCCGUGAUUUCCGGAAUUCCUAUUCAAGAAAGCAUAAGCACAUAAAUGAAGUUCGUCCGAGUCGAAAUCGCGUAAGGUCUUUCCCAUUGGCCAAUUAAAUGAAUGAAGUUUCGCCUUAGUCAAAAAGGCGAAAACGUUCGUGUUCCUAAGAGCCUCCAUUGUGGACUAAGUUAAAAAAGUCGCAUGGUCAGAAUGGAUGCAGAAACGGCGCGCGCAAGCAUUCUCGUUUUCUACUAAAAAUGCUUUUUGACAAAUAUCUUGUAAACAAAUGGGUUUACAACAUUUUGUCAAAAAGAUUUUUUUGCAGGGAGUUUAAUUUUAAACAUUAAAUGUCCAAUAAGAAAAUCGCGUAAAUUAAUCAGUUUAUUAAAUAAUCGAGGAUUAUUGUUUAAAUUUCUGAUCCCCCAUAUCUCAGCGGGGGUGCGUCCGAUCGAAAAGUGAAAAAGGACUUCUCUAGUCAGAAUCACCCCCAGACAUGUUGGUCCACAAUCGGUCUCCACUUACGGAGCACCCUGUAUACGAGCUCGGAAAGCAAAUGGCGGCAACAGAGAUUUACAAAUGAUUAGCAUAACCAGUAUUGUAAAAAGGGGAAAAUUCGUUCUUAAACGAUAAAAAACUGAUAUUUACAUUCCACAAACGAUUUGCCAUUAAUAGUAAGAAGACAAAAUUGAGACACUCUAUUUUUCUGACCUUUGUCGGCUAAUAUACUACAAGGGGGGAGGGGAGAGCCUAUGUCAAAUGGUAUUGAGAAAAAUAUAUUAUUCAUAAAAAAAUAUGCACUCUUAAACGAUAAUAAUUACAGAGUUGGAUUCUACCAACGAUUUAGAAUCGAAUGAAAAAAAAAACUCAAAAUAAUUAAUUUUUCCAAAUUUUGUCGGCUAAUUUCACGGGUUAUUGUGAUUAAUGAAUUAAAAAAAAAUAAUCAACUCUUAAGGGUUAAAAACAGAUGUACAAUAACCUGCUAACGAAGUACAAACGAUUCUAUAAGUUUAUUUGUUCAAAAAUCGUUUUUUUGCGACUAGUAGGAUACUGUUAAAGCUUUUCCCUUCAAAUGCCGAUUACAACGGAUUCGCCCUCAAUUAAAAAAUUGAUAUUGCCCGCUUUAAUUAAGAUCAAGGGAUGAAACCAACGUCAUUCAAUUGCUCAUUAAAUUAUUUACGAAUGAUGAUGAUUUCAUUUCUUACUCCCAAUCAAGAGGGGAGGGAUUGAUUUUGAAAAAUGUCGCUUAACGCGCAUCAGGGCUCGGCGGCGUCGAGUGAGUAUAUCCAAUAACCCCCCAGGAUUCAAAAAUUCAUUUCUCCUCCUCUAAUUGAGAGGAAGAAAUAAAACCAACACCAUUCGUUUGCUCAUUAAAUCUUUGAUGAAUGCCGAUGGUUAUUAGUCUCUGUCAUUAGUCAUAAUUUAAUUACGUUCGCUAAAUAAAUGUGGGUGUUUAAUUUAUUGAUGUUCCGGGGAUGUUUUUGGGCCGGAUGGGAUGGUGGGUGAGGAAGUUCCGGAGAGGCGAAUAACAAUGCACUGCGUAUGUGAUGACGAACCGAGUUUAUUAUUUAAAACUUAUAUACACAAAUACACUCAACGAUGUUAAAAAGGUUAUUC